CCCACCACCGCAUUCCCCGUCGACUGCCCGCUUUUGCCGGCUUCUCCGCCCAGAUGCCCGAUUUCACUGUGAAAAAAGGCAUUGAGGCCCGCGACGGUCGCCGCAGGACUUGAUGAUGACGGAGCAGAAUGGAAUCGACAUUCUGUGCGAUGCUGCAGGGUCGGAUCUCUUGCUAAGCGACUGCCUUGCGCCGUCGCCAACCGUCCAACAGCCAGCGAAACGCCCCAGGCUUGCCACCGACUCUUCCUCCGCUGGACCAUCGCAUGUAUGCCAAAUCUGUAAGCGAUUGUACGAGAGAGCCGACCACUUGACAAGGCACCUGCGAUCACAUGAGAAUGCCAGGCCCUACCAGUGCACUCGGUGUCCCAAGAGGUUUAAUCGAGCUGACCUGUUGACCCGGCACGAGACAACGCAUGACCGAGAUGACGGGGCCACGGGCCGGCCCACCAUCCGAAGGGGUGAUCGCGCUGGUCAAGCAUGUCUAAAUUGCGCUUCUUCCAAGGCCAAAUGCGAUGAUCAGAAGCCUUGCGGUCGAUGCCGAAUUAAGAAUCUGGUUUGCCAAACAGCCUCCAGAAGGCUUACCAGUGGAGAAAUUGAUGCCCACUCGGCUAUGUCCACGUCGGAUAGCCUAGGCUCGACCAGCCAGUCUGGCAUAGGAACCGGGAACACGGCGCAGACUAGCCUUGCCAUGGAUCACAGAAUGCCAUACCCAAGUACUGAACCUGCGUUCACGGAUCAGGCGGUCGUGGCAGCGUCGUGUUUCCAGGAUCAAAUGGCACAGCCUACACCCCGUGUAGGUGGCACGACAGACGAUGCUUUUGGCUUCAAUUCAGCAGUACACACGUUCCAACAAGACAUGGACUUUUCAGCUUGGGAUUUAGACUUCGACAGUUGCAGCAUCCCCCAACUAGCAUUUUCGGGUCUUAGUCCGAGUCCGCAGGCCUUCAUUACUUUUGCGCCAAAGCAAACUCGCUCAAUGCGAGAUCCCUCGAGGGGGCAUGCUGCUUUCAAACGGUCACCGUGGCUUUGGGAGCCAGAGGCCAAGGAUAACCUCGUACGAGAACAAGAGGGUCUGGUGCUCAACGAAGAAACCAUCUCUAACUCGCCAGCAUACGAAAAGAUGCUGGCAUCGACUUCGGCCCGGCUCACCAUGCUCAAAAUGGAGUCUACCCAACGAGACAGGCUCUUCGCCAUCGUCUUGUCUGAACGCAAAGACCCUUUAAAAAUACCUUCAUUCCCAUCAUUAAACUUGUUAAACUAUUUGCUUCAAACUCACUUUGUGCAAGAUGAUUAUCAAACAGAUAGUUGGAUCCAUGCUGCUUCGUUUGACCCAUCAGUAUGCUUGCCGGAACUUUUGGCCGCGCUCAUCGCCAGUGGUGCCGUCCUGUUCGCCGUGCCUGCAAUAUGGCAGUUCGGGCUUGCUCUCCUCGAAGUUGCUAGAAUGGCACUCUCAUCACUUGUACGAACUAUCGAGGUUUGGCUUAGGAGCUCUGCUGACUGUGGGCAGUUUGAAUCCAACAACGCGCACACGAGGGACAUCCAAGCCCUACAGGCGUUUAUGCUCAACUUGGACAUUGGGUUAUGGAGUGGGUUUAAACGUAAAAUGGAGAUUGCAGAGAGUUUUCUGCAGCCUUUGAUGACUAUGUUACGGCGGGCUGGGAUGUUUUCUGCUCCUAUAGACACACCGGCAUUGAUACCUUCGCAAUCGGAUUCCCCUGUGGUUCUCGACUCCAAGUGGCGAAGUUUCAUCAAGCGGGAAUCAUACAAAAGACUCACGUUACAUCUGUUCAUACACGACGCCCAAUCUUCCGUCGGCCUACAGAAGAACCCGCUUAUGUCUUACACAGAGCUUGGCUUCAGCCUACCAGCCAGUCGCGACCUUUGGAAAGCAGCAACGGCCGAAAUUUGGCGAGAAAACUAUCUUCGAAAAAGGCCGCUCUCUUCUGACGCCACAAUACCACGAGUUUCCGAGAUCCUGCACUGCACCACCUUGCUCGAUACGCUGGAAGAUUUCGUCGACGUCGAGCUCUGCUACUCUGCCAUGCUAUAUGGCUUUUGGGGUCAAAUCCAUACCUACCGCGAAGCCGUCAAGUUCUAUUCCGCUGGUCUGCAGGGCUCUCAUCGAAAUGCCACACACCGACUUUGGAUCAUCUCUCAGCACCAGGAGCUGUACCGCGACAUCCGCGACUUUGCGACACACAUCGAGAGCUCCCCAAAACUCGCACCCCAAUUCUCCGUCGUCGCCGAGCUUUUCAUGAUGAUCCUCCACGUAUCCCCCGACGACAUCCAGCGCUUCGCCGGGAAAUACGGCGAGGAGGAAGCACGCCGUGCGGCCGUCACCUUGGAAGACGGAUGGGCAAGGAUCCAGGAGUCCCGGUACGCCGUCUGGCACGCGGGUCAGGUGUUCAGGAUCUCCCGCCUUUUGCCCCCUGCUUCACUGAGGGGAUUCAACGCCAUCGCCGUCUACCUAGCCUCGCUGACUCUAUGGGCCUACGGCAUUUUGUCUUGCUCCCAUUCUACACAGGCGCAAGACAACCACGAGAUAUCGCCCCCGUCAAAGUACGUGCAAUUGGACGGGGACGAGAGUCGGGACGUGCGGGCGUUCUUACAGCUGGACAAGGGCGUACCCAUCAUUACCCGGAACGGAGAUGUCAAUGCGAGCACGGAGUCGCUGUCAAACCCGGGGAUGGUACUAGAUAUUUCGAGAAAUUUGUUCCGCAGUAAUUAUCCGGUCAUCAAUGAGCCGUUACCACCGCUGGUGGAGAGUCUGAGGAAUUUGCUGAUGGAUCUGGGAACGGGGCUGGCGGGAAGGCCUUCAAGAGUUCCUAGUCGGGCGGUGAGUGAGGAUCGACAGUAA